AUGAUGCAAUCUUGCGGUAUUCCUUGCCCAUCAGUCCUUCUGAUACUCUCGCUCUUUGUGGCAUUGUUGUCUGUUGUGGUUGCUCAAGCAAUAGAUGUGAACUUUGAAGAGUGCAGGAUCAGUGCCACUGAAACAUGUGCACUUUCCAGUCUGAGCUUUGGCAAGACAAAGAUUUAUCCAGGAGGAAACACUCGAUGCUACACGGAGGAGUACGAAUACUGGUUUCAAGUGGACAAACCAACUGUUCCAGAUGGUCAAGAUUAUGACAACAACAGUCCCGAUGACACGUACUUUUCCAACCAUCCUGGUCUACUCCUGUAUUUUGAAGGUGGAGGAACCUGUUGGAGCACGGAUUCUUGCCCCCCGUUGGCGGUUCCUUUCCCCUUUAAUCGAACCAACAGCUUUUUCAACCGAUCCUAUGCCCUCAAUCCGUACCAAACUUGGACCACUGUGAUCGUUACGUACUGCACUGGAGAUCUAUUUGUGGGUGAUGCCGUGACAUCGGAUGGGAGAACCUACUUUAACGGGAUAAAUAACACCAAGGCUGUGUUGAAAUGGGUUGCCGACAAUGUGGGCAAUACAGCAACGGAAGCCAACCCUAUUUUCCCUGCCAAGAUUGUCUUCCAUGGACUUUCCGCUGGGUCCAUUGGAAUCGUUGCUUGGCAGAGAGUGUUGUUCCAAUGGAGAAAUCAGGCAUUUCAGGACUAUCCAAUCAAACCAACAACAACCGUUUUCUUUGAUGCCUUUGAGGGGCUGGUCAAGUUGGAAAUCCAACAACUUACAUUUGAUGCUUGGGAUUUUUGCAGCAAUACAGACUUGCUCUUCACUCCAGAAGAAAUUCAGCUAUGCAAGCAAGGGGAAACUGAUCUUCUGAGGUAUAGUCACCUGUAUCUGAUCGAGAACUACCGGGAUAUUCUGGUUGCUCACAUUACAAGUAAGGGGGAUCUCACACAGUACAUGACUUACUGUGGUGGGGGAUUGUCAAAUAUUGAAACCUUGGACCCAAUCCUUCCCGAUACAUCUCUGUUGUUGGAUCUUGGUUUCCUCUUUGGAGAGGCCAUUCCAAGCUUCAGUGGCUCGGAAGUGGCCGAACUGUUAGGUUGCUGUCAAGCUGAUUUCUAUCAAACCAUGAUUGAUCGAUUCCAAGAGUACCAUGCCCUCGCAGCCAAACAAGGACAGAACAAUGUCGUGUCAUACCUAAUGAAUGGAAACGGUCAUGCCUGGUCAGCGGUUCUUUAUUUCUAUGAAAUCUCCUCAACCACAAGGAAUAGUACCAGGCUCGGUAUUGAUAUCAAAGGAGGUCAGCCAGGUCUUGCAGAAUGGAUCUAUUCCAUUGUCAAUAGAGUGGAUGGAGACGAAAUACAUUCCGUUUGCUCUCCAGGGUUUGGGUUUGGUACAAUCCCUGAUGUUUGGCCGUGGCCUUUUGGAAAUUACCGCUGCGACGAUGAAGUGUCAUCACAGUCUUUUGCUGUUACAGACUUUUGA